UCAAAAGCCGCCCGAAAACCCCUGCAUUUUUCCGUGCCCUUCAUCGGCUGGCACAAAACAUCCCGAUCGUGAAGACCUUCAGUUGCAUCAUCCAAUUGAAAGACAUAUAGGGGGCUCGACGCAUGACAAUAGGCAGACUUCGUCAAUCACAUGACGUUUGCAAGAUAACAUCAAUUCACUCAUACCAUCACCGACGCUUGCACGCCCAGGAGCGUCUUGCAGGGAAGCCGAACUUGCGAUCGUCCCAAACCACUUCCUCCCAGUCAUGGCGCCACAAGAAGCUGCAAUUCCCCUGGAGGGUGGAUGUGAUUGUGGAGAAGUGCGGUAUAGGAUGGAAACAGAACCAAUGAUCGUUCAUUGCUGUCACUGCCGCUGGUGUCAGCGGGAGACGGGCGCGUCAUUCGCUCUCAAUGCCAUGAUUGAGACAGAGCGGCUGAAAGUGCUGAAAGGUGAACCAGAGUGGAUCAAGGUGCCGAGUGCGAGCGGCGCCGGUCAAAGCAUUGCACGCUGUCCACAUUGCCGAAUAGCUCUCUGGAGUAUAUAUCUGCAGAAUGUUGCUAAAAUCAAGGAAUCUAUUUGGAUAGUGCGGGUUGGCACCUUGGACAAACCAGACUUGCUGCCACCCAAUGCUCACAUCUGGACGUCAGAGAAGCAGCCUUGGAUCGUCCUCUCAGACGACGCACCCGCGUUCAAGACUGGCGACUAUGACCGGGAGAAAGUCUGGUCCGUACAAGGUUUGCAGAGGAGGCAGCGAGUAGCAGAACUAGAAGAUGUCCAGAAGGGAUUGCUGGUGGAGUGAGUGUCAUCUCUGGAGCAGUAUCUGUACAAGAACAUACUCGGACUGCAAUGGCUGGCGGAAGAUAUCUGGGAAGCGCCAUACGCUUGCAGCAUAGCUGAUAAACGCACGGUUAGGACCGGCCAAGCAGCGAUUUUGCAGCUUGUAGAGUCUACAAGGGUUCGAGACAAUACUAGUAGGGAGUAAAUCUUCAGCCUUGCCUCCCAUCAGCUGAACUUUCAGCCCUCAUAUCGUUAGCCACGGG